CGGAAAUUCCAACUUUAACUUCGCUAUUAUCCGCCACAUCAGUUUUCUCUAAUGCGUGACACAUUCAUAUCAUAAACGUCAUAUUUACCUCAUGCAACAUCACUCCUCUCUCGCUCUAUUAUAAGACCAUAACACAGAACAAGGCCUUUUGGUCGUUUAACGAUGGCGUCAAAUGAUAAAGUUCCGGUGGCGUGUCCGGCAAGCACCGGAGAAGGUAAGGAGCCUAUGGGAGAUCCGACGAAGACCACAACGGCAAUGUUAGACAAAGGAACGGCUAUGUUUCAGUCUAUGAAACCGAUCAAACAAAUGAGUCUACAUGUGUGUUCAUUCGCUUGCUAUAGUCACGAUCCUGGCCGUCAGAUCGAGGUUCAUAUGUACGGUCACCGUGUAAACCAAGACUUUCUCCAAUGUGCCGUCUACGAUUCCAAUUCCGCUAAGGCUCAUCUCAUCGGGAUCGAAUAUAUAGUGUCAGAGAAGUUAUUCGAAAGUCUCUCACCCGAUGAACAAAAGCUUUGGCACUCGCAUGACUACGAAAUCCAGAUGGCUCUUCUAGUAACUCCAAGGGUCCCAGAGCUCGUUGCGAAGCCGGAGCUUAAGAAUCUUGCCAAAUCUUACGGAAAAUUUUGGUGUACAUGGCAAAUCGAUCGUGGAGAUAGAUUACCACUAGGUACACCAUCAUUAAUGGUUUCGCCGCAAGACGUGAGUCUCGGGAGGAUAAAACCGGAGCUGGUGAAAAAGAGAGAUGAAGAACAUGGAAUCUCGACGGAAUCGUUGAAGCCGUCACGGGAAGGGAUUUGCGGACCGGAGAAAAAGAAUCUGAUUGCUGAUUAUUGGGUUCGGUUUAGGAAAGGCUUUGCGAUUGAUGUUGUUGAGACAGAUAUGAAGAGGACAGCUCCCUUCCCGUGACAACUUCUGUUUUUUUUUUUUUUUUUUUUGAGAAAGUGCUUGAAACCUUCUGUUUAUUUGUUUUUUCCCUUGAUGAAUCUUGAGACAUUU